UAACCCAACCCUCCGGCCUACAUCUUCCUGCAUUCAUCACAACACCAUCCAUCAAUCUUAAUUCGCUUCUACAUUGGGGUGCUUGUUAAUUUGCAUGCGAGCUUGUUGAGGUUGAAGCUAGCGAUCGUUGAGAGCAGUAGUAGGUGGUGAGCAUGGGAGAGCAGCAACAGCAGGUGGAGCGGCAGCCGGACCUGCCUCCGGGCUUUAGGUUUCACCCAACGGACGAGGAGAUUAUCACCUUUUACCUUGCACCCAAGGUUGUGGACAGCAGGGGCUUUUGCGUUGCUGCCAUUGGAGAGGUGGAUCUCAACAAGUGCGAGCCAUGGGAUUUGCCAGGGAAGGCGAAGAUGAAUGGGGAGAAGGAGUGGUAUUUCUACUGCCAGAAGGAUCGGAAGUACCCGACGGGGAUGAGGACGAACAGGGCGACGGAGGCUGGAUACUGGAAGGCGACGGGGAAGGACAAGGAGAUCUUCCGCGACCACCACAUGCUCAUCGGCAUGAAGAAGACGCUCGUCUUCUACAAGGGCAGGGCUCCCAAGGGCGACAAGACCAACUGGGUCAUGCACGAGUACAGGCUCGCCGACGCCUCUCCGCCGCCGCCGCCAUCCUCCGCAGAGCCCCCGAGGCAGGACGACUGGGCCGUCUGCAGGAUCUUCCACAAGAGCUCCGGCAUCAAGAAGCCGGUGCCGGUUGCUCCUCAUCAGGUGCCCGCCGCCGCCAACUACCAGCAGCAGCAGCAGAUGGCCAUGGCCUCCGCCGGCAUCAUCCAAGUCCCCAUGCAGAUGCAGAUGCCAUCCAUGUCUGACCAGCUGCAGAUGUUGGACGACUUCUCCACCACCGCUUCACUCUCACUCAUGGCGCCGCCUUCCUACUCCACUCUGCCUGCAGGCUUCCCGCUUCAGAUCAACAGCGGCGCCCAUCCCCAGCAGUUUGUUGGGAACCCGUCCAUGUACUACCACCAGCAGCAGCAGAUGGACAUGGCCGGCGGAGGGUUCGUGGUGAGCGAGCCGUCGUCGCUGGUGGUGUCGCCGCAGGAUGCUGCCGACCAGAACAACAACGCCGCCGACAUCUCGUCGAUGGCAUGCAACAUGGACGCUGCCAUCUGGAAGUACUGAAAUACAUACCAUACAUACAUAUAUACAUAUGCAUGCGCGAGCUUAAUUAGUGUGAUGACAGAGGGUGGUGGGUUAAUUAGCUAGUAUACUCCAUUUUAUGCAUCCAUCAUAUGGCUUUUGCAUUGCCUUUAAUUUUGGCUUCUUGUGUGAGAUCGAUGUGAGUGAGAUUUGCUGAGAGAUUAUUAUUAUUAGUUAUUAUAGAUUGCAUGGCUAGCUAUAUUGUACUACUAAUAAUAUGUGUCUGCCAGCAAUACGUAUGUGUGUGAGCGUGCACCGUAUAGCAAGGUAUAGUUACAGGUAUAUACAUACAAGAUAUAUAUAGGUAUACAUGCAUGCGUGAUAGAUAUAUGUGUGUAUUUGUGCGUGAGCCCAGCUUGAUUUGUGUUGUACAUAGCUAGCAGUGCAUGCCUGCUAUUCCUCUGUAUGGAUUGAAUUAUGUGAAUUAAUUAUUUUGUUUAAUUACAACA